AUGUCGAAUAAUAACUAUCGAUGCAUAAAUUGUGGUACAAGAGUCAAAGAUUUAUUCCAUAAACUGUCUUCAGGCCUACUGACAUGUGUUUGUAGUAACUGCAAUGAAGUAGUUGAUAAAUACAUUGAACAUGAUUCUGUUUUAAUAUUUUUGGAUGCUCUUCUUCUUAAAACACAAGCUUUUCGCCAUAUCUUGCACAAUCGUAGUCGGAAAACAGUAUGGAAAAUAACAUUGACAUUUUUGCUUAUUGAAACACUUGCAAGAGUGAUCAAUUCAUCAAAAGUGAUUUCAAAAUGGAACAAUCCUGAUGCAGAAUUUUAUACAAUUUUGGUAACAGAAUUUUUGUAUAUGUUUGUAGAAGUUGCUUUAGAACAAAUUACUGGGGUUUUGGUUAUUGUCUUUCUUUCUAAGAUGUAUAGUGAUUUAGUGAAAAUCCCUCAUCCUGGAAUGAAACCACUUUUAACAGGACUGUUUUUCUCCUACUUUCUUUGUAAUGUAUUUAUUCCAUUGGUUAGUUUAUGGGGUGAAAAUUACAGAGAAAAGAACCUUAGAUUUAAAUUGUUUAAAAAUAAAGAUUUCUUAUUUGAAUCCAACUUGCUACUGUGUACAUAUAAGGCACUUGUCGACAGUGGAGAUCAAGCUUUCAACACCACAAAUGAGGAGGAUAAUCUGAAAAAUUAUAAUCUUAUGAUAAAGAGUUAA